CAGUAUCUUGGAUCGAUUUUCACUAUUGCUCCAGCUCUAGCUUUGAAACCAGCGCCUCAUCCUUUUCACCUGCCAUCUACAUCCUUGCUGCAGCUCGCCAGCAUGCAUGUUCCAUCUAUUCGUCAGUCUGCCACGGUUGGCAUUGCUUUUUGCGCCAUUGUCGCUGUUGCUGCUCCUGUGGCGACGCCGGUUGAUCUUGGUGCUGAUGCAGUGGACAUUGUCAAGCGUGCUCCCGAGCCAAUUCCUAACAAUGUAGACAACAUAUCGCACUUCAAUGAACCCAUCGUCACGCGCGAUGAGCUGGAGAAGCGCCGAAACCGAAAUAACAAAUGCAGACGCGACAAGAAAGGAGGCAGAAAAGACUGCAACUACGACGACGACUACGAAAACUACCGAGGCAAAGGCGGUAACGACGAUCUCAACAAGCGCGACGGCGGCGGUGACGGGGACAACCAGAACAACGGCGCUUGGGACGAUAUGCUCAACAAGGGCGGGUACGGCGGAGGACACGGCGGCAAAGGAGGCGGCGGCGGAGGAGGCGGCGGUUGGGGAGGCGGUGGUUGGGGAGGCGGCGGCGGCGGCGGCGGCAAAGGAGGUUGUAAGGGUGGGAAGAAGUGCGGAGGAGGCUGGGGAGACGAUUGGAACGACGACCGGAAGGGCGGCCGAAAGGGCGGGAAGAAAGGUCCCUGGCGCCGUGAUGAGAACCCCGAGAACAUCGACGACUAGUCGAGUAACGAGGACCAAACGGACCCGUCAACUUCCCGCAAGGACAACACACAAGCAAUGCAAGAGCAUACUUCGUUCGUCUUUCUUUCUUUCGUACGUCUUCACAUUGAAACAACCACUCUGGCUAGGCUUGGACAAAAUUUGGCAAGAAAAAGAAGGAAAAAAGGUUGUCUCCAAUUCCAUUCAGUACACAUAUAUAUUAUAGUUGAUGCCGUUUCAAAUUGCUAAGUUUCGAACACUUCCAUUACAUCAAGCCACUU